GCCACGGCGUCUUCGUUGGAGGAACGAGCGGGUGCGGGUGAGGCGGAGGCUUCGCCCGCGCCCGACGCGGAGGCCCCUGUGCGCCGGCGCCGACCGCGUCCGCUUUAUCGCCGCCUCUUCCACUAUGUUCGCACCGCAUGGACCGGCGUCAAGUUUGCAUUAGGUCUCACAACGCAGUCAGAAAAUUCAGAAUUUGAAGACUUAGGUGAGCAGCUCCCGCGGUAUCGGCCUGACUCCAUCGCAGCUUUGCGGCGGCUGACAAGGUUCACAGAACCAGAGCUGAAGAGACUCUAUCGAGGGUUCAAAGCAGAAUGCCCAACCGGUGUCGUCCGAGAAGAAACCUUCAAACUUAUAUAUUCCCAGUUCUUUCCACAAGGAGCGAAUACCGCUCAAUAUGCACAUUACGUAUUCAACACAUUGGACCAAGAUCGGAGUGGACUGCUCAGUUUUGAGGAAUUUGUUACUGGUUUAUCGGUGCUAUCGAGAGGAACUAUAGAAGAGAAGCUGCAGUGGACAUUCUCUCUUUACGAUAUCAACGGAGAUGGGUAUAUAACGAAGGAAGAAAUGACUGAAAUAGUAACCGCAAUUUAUGAUCUAAUGGGCAAGAUCGUGGAACCAAUGAUAGACGACGAUGCCAUUCGAGAAAAAGUCGAAAGAUUGUUUCAAAAAAUGGACUUAAAUCGUGACGGGGUCCUUACACUUGACGAAUUCUUAGACUGCUGUUUACGCGACGAAGAUAUAAUUCGCUCAAUGGGAGUGUUUGACAGCAACUUCUGACGCCCUGCCUCGAGGCGCCCGAGACGCCGCGCAUGCUAAACCACCAUAUUAUUAUUAAUAGGCCCGUUUUUUUGUAUAAACCCUAAUUGAUUACGAGUUCUGUAAAAUCUCAGGAAGUCUAACGUGUCGUAGUUAGUACCGAAUAUAGUGAAUUAAUGUAUUCCCUUAAUUUCGAUGUCGUAAUGAAUGUAAGUAGUUUUAUGGAAAUUAUAUUGAAAAAUAUUUUUGUAACAAUACAGUAGUAUGAAUGUCGUGAAAUUUUCCAAAUAAAUUCUUCUUUCGAACUAUUCACUUUUAAUGUCUAGGAAAAAUUGUCUCUCGUUGUUUAUCAUCCUAUUAUAGGCCAUCUUUAAGAGAGCUUAUCAUAAGAAUUUCUUCAACUAAUCUCUGAUAUUUAAAGAUGUCAAAACGCUUUUUGGAUUUCUACGACCAUGUUUUUAUUUCGUAUAUAGAUACUUCUCUCAUCGCUGUAUCAAGCUUAUCUCUUUCCCUCUUUUAAAUUAUUCCGGCCAUUUUUUCGUAGAUAAUAUGAAAUGAAAUUUUUCUAUAUAUAUUAUAUUGUUAUAUACCUACGAAUUGUCUUGUUUGGAAUAAAUCGUAUCACACAUCACCGCCCGUAAGCAACGUGGCUUUACCUAUCUCGAUGUAAUUUUCGAUAUAGUUCUGUCAAUAUCCGUAAUAGCGCCGAAGUCGUAUCCUUUUGAUCACGCGAAACUUUUGUCGUGAUCGCUAUCGGAAGUUACAGAGUAAUCGCAAGUCCAUGACUUUGUUAUGUAAAUUUGAUUAAUAAUAAACUCUAGCAGCAUUAGUCUUUAAUUUAAAACCACAAAAAUCAUUUGUGUUAUAAAUUUCAAUUACCUUCCUUAAAGUGUAUAAUGGAAAUGGGUUCAUGCAGGAUAAGUUAUUUUAUUGUGAACGCACACAAUAAUAUAUCGAGAACGGACGUUUAUUUAAUUAAUGUAAUGUGUAAUAAAUACAUAAUCAAGGCCACUGCCAUUCCUCAUAUAUUAUAAUCUGAAUUGUACACUUUCAAUUAAAGUUCUUUUGUCAACAUGUAUUAUUGUAAUACAAACCUUUGAAUAAAUUGUCUGUCGUAUCUACUCGUAGGUACCCUAGGUAAUAAAUGGAAUCUGCAAUUAUUGUAAAUACUCGGAUGUAAAUAUUUGUUCUAGACGUAAAUGUAUAUUUUCAUAGUGGGUGUUAAAAGGAACCAAAUAAAUAGAGAAAAAUAAACAAUGUUAUAAAAUACUUAAAUAUAAACAUGUAAUUUUUAUGUAGUUAGGUGUGAGACAAGUAACAGCAACGUUAGAAACAUUUCGACCACCCUUGGCUGAUUAGUAAUUAUAUCUUCAUUCCUAUGUCGCAGUUGGUACCAUCCUUCUAUUUUAUUCAGAUUCGUUUGUCACUUAACUUAUUCUAUAAAUAAACCUUCCGAUGGUCGAGCUUAAAAUAUCGUCUUCCCAAAGUAAACUACUUAUUUGCAAUCAAUGAAUCUGCAAAGAAAGCCCGUUCCUAGAUGUUUUGUUGCAUUAUGGUAUGUAUAUGACUAGAAUAAAAACAAGUCUUAUGAUAAAUUAAAAAAUAAAGUUGGUCCUAAGAAGUUACGCUAUUUAAAAUUAUAGUCGUCUAUAGUUCAAAAGUAAUAAAUGUAAAUAGAUUAUGUACGUUGUAAUUCUAUACCUAUUAUUCGUGCCAAAAAAAUCUUUAAUUUCUGCGUGAAAAUAUGAUAUUGAUUAAUUUGAAGAGAUAGUUUAAUAGUUGUUCAUUCAAAAUGGCAGUACAUGGCCUAUAUUGUUCGUUAAUGUCCGAUUACAUAAUUUGUAUAUUCCUAAUAGUUUAGUACUAAUCGCUUUAAGUACAUUGUCAUUGUAAUUAAUACAAAUUUUGUAAAACGGUUUAGAAAAAACAUAUCACGAUUAAACUUGUUCCAAGUUUUACCGAACACCUUAUCUACAAAUAGCACGUUGACGGAUUUGUAAUAACAUCUUAUUCGUUACUGUGCAUAAAUAUAUACAUUCUUGGGUACGAUAUUGUGAUGUUAAGGAAUUGCUUUUUCUAUACAGGCGUUACUUCAUAAUAAAUAAUUGAAAGGGCCGUUUUAAUUAAACAAUUUAUGGAAUACAUUUCACCUAGAUAGAACCCUCCACUUAAAUAAUUAGUAUACGAAAUCCUAAAAGCUGAAGUGUCGUUAUAACUUAUAACUAUUAAUGUCGUACCAGUAAAUUCGCGAAAUAUCCAAUAGUAAAAAGCAUGGAUAUUCUUUGUGAAAGCCAUCAUAAUCGUUUGGUAAACAGAGUGACGUCGCUUUCAUUCGUGAGAGCCACAAGUAUGUUUAAUUAUAAGGUGUUUAACUUUAAUUAUUGAAGUCUAAGGCAGGGGUCGACCCUAAGUGCGCAAAAUUUGUUUUUUUUAGCUAUUUUGAUGAACAGCAAUGCUUUUUACUAUUGACAAAAAUAUAAGAUAUAAUUCUUAAUAUAUUCCAAAAUGUUUGUGUGUUGACAUGAAUGUUGUCUAGGGUUGAUCUGCAAUUUAGGUAUUUGAAAAUACUAAAUUGUUUAUUUACAAAUUGUAUGUGUAUUUUAUAGAAAAUAAAUAAAUCAAUAAA